CUCCAACCUCGGUCUUGAAUACCCAGCUGAAGAUUUGCAUCGAGACUGCUAAAGAAUAAGAAUUGGCACAAUGGCAGAUUGUCAGCAACAGAUGGCAGUUUAUAAACCAACAAUCACAGUUACAUCGAUCGAGGGAGGCUUGCAGGAAGGGAAGAGUGUUAUCAUAAUUGGACGGAUUUUGCCAGAUUCUAACAGAUUACAUGUGAACCUUCAGUGCGGUUCUGAUUCGGAGGCUGAUGUUGCUCUGCACAUAAACCCACACUAUAAGGAUGGCAGUGAACAUAUAGUGUACAACACCUACCAGAACAGAAGCUGGGGCUCCGGACAAUCCACGCCUGACUCUCCUAUCGUCAAAGACAAACUGUUCGCCAUCGAGAUCCUUGUCACCAAAGAGGCAUACAAGAUAAGUGCCAAUGGGAAACACGUAAUGGACUACGAACACCGUAUUCCAAUCACUCAAGUGAACACCAUCUCAGUGGACCAAGACAACAAGCUGGAGUUCAUUGGCUACCAGAAAUCUGUGGUGGUCCCGUACAAAACCCUGAUCAAAGGUGGGCUACAGGCUGGCAAUGCGAUUCUCAUUUAUGGAGUUCCUAAUACUGACUCUAAAAGGGUAGAGUUUAAUCUGCGCCACAGGAAUGGGAUUGCAUUUCACUACCUAUCCCUUUUUGAUGAGAAUGUGGUUGUCCGCAAUACCUCUGAGAAUGGGAAAUGGGGGGCAGAAGAAAGGAGUAGAGAUGUGCCUUUUAUAAAAGGUCAGCUAUUUCAGGUUAAAGUCUCCUGCAGUGCAGAGCAGUAUGAAGUGUCAGUGAAUGGCCAGCAAGCACACACUUACAAGCAUCGCUUUACUAAACUGGAGGACAUCGAUGUCUUUGAAGUUUAUGGACAGCUAAACUUGAUUUUUGUGCACGUCUAACAAGGAUCCAGGUUGAUAGGAAAUGCAUAGAUAAAACUUAAAUGAAUAUGUUAUGCAUUUAUAUAUAUAGAAAUUAAACUGGUCAAAUAGCUUCUGCUGGUGAUAAGAUAAACAUCAUUUUCUAUUUACAUAACACUGCUAAAAAAAUCUACAUUUAAAUAAAAGCUGUAGUAGAAAACUACUAAACAGCAUUUUCAUUAGUGGAUCAACAUGACCUUCAAUUAUUGUAAAUUUAAAGGUGCUGUAAGUGAUUUUUACUAAUUCAAAGGCGAAGCAUAAUUCAUAAUAUGGUAAAACACCUGUGAAAAAUAUUCAGUGCUGUUGACUGUAUGUUCUUCCAAUAUUGCUGUUUUCAAAUAAAGUCACUUGGCCAUCA